AUGUCAAGUGAAAACCAACAAGGGAAGCUUCCCAACCUUGCUUCCGAAGCAGUAUUAGUCAAGUCCGAACCGGUUCCAGAUAAUUUCGUAGAAGUUCUGGGGAUCGACUAUUCAAAAGAUUCCGCUUAUAAUAUGAAAGCAGUUGAUCUAAUUGAUUCAAUGAGAACCAUGGGGUUCCAAGCUUCUUCUGUGGCUUCAGCUUGUGAUAUCAUCAACAAAAUGAGAGAAUGGAGAGGUAAACAUAUUGACGAAUUGCCAGAGCAUGAAAGAACAGGUGAAUUUGAUGAUCAAGGAUACCAAAAAACCACGAUCUUUUUAGGUUAUACUUCAAAUUUAAUAAGUAGCGGAUUAAGAGAUACUUUAAGAUAUUUAGUUCAACAUAAAUUGGUCAGUGGGAUUGUUGCCAGUGCCGGUGGGAUCGAAGAAGAUUUAAUCAAAUGUUUAGCUCCAACUUACAUGGGUGAUUUUGCUUUACCCGGUAAAGGAUUAAGAGAUAAAGGUAUGAAUAGAAUUGGUAAUUUAUUAGUGCCAAAUGAUAACUAUUGUAAAUUUGAAGAAUGGAUUGUACCAGUUUUAGAUAAGGUUUUAGAAGAACAAGAAGAAAGCAUGAAGAAAUUAGGCUCCGAAGGUUUAAAUGCCGAUUCUGAUGCUAUUUGGACUCCUUCUAGAUUAAUUGAUCGUUUAGGUAAAGAAAUUAACGAUGAGUCUUCUGUUUUAUACUGGGCUCAUAAAAACAACAUUCCAAUCUUUUGUCCUGCUUUAACUGAUGGUUCAAUUGGUGAUAUGUUAUUCUUUCACACUUUUAAAGCUUCUCCACAAAGAUUUAGAUUAGAUAUUGUUUCCGAUAUCAGAAAAAUCAAUUCCAUGUCAAUGGAAGCAACCCGUGCUGGUAUGAUCAUCUUGGGUGGUGGUUUAAUCAAACAUCACAUUUGUAAUGCUUGUUUAAUGAGAAAUGGUGCUGAUUACGCAGUUUACAUUAAUACCGGUCAAGAAUUCGACGGUUCAGACGCAGGUGCUAGACCCGAUGAAGCCGUAAGUUGGGGGAAGAUCAAAAGUGACGCCAAACAAGUUAAGGUCUAUGCUGACGUUAGUGUAGUUUUCCCAUUAAUAGUGGCUGCUACUUUUGCAGCCCAAAGACCAAACUAA